AUGAUCGAAGGAUUUUUGAGGGGAUUUCAAAUUUCCCAUUGCAGAAUUUUUGGGGGUAAGAAAAUCUGGAAAGUUCCUUUUGGGGGGGGGGAGGGGAGCGAUGCUGUGAGAUUUAAGUACGUUUUCAAGGGGUGGGGAGGCAUGGUUCAAAACAAUCUGAAAAUUGGUUUUGCAUGGCACCUCUCGCGUAUACCACUUGAGUAAGUACAACCCAGAUUGUUUUGCCGUUGUUUUAUUUACAUGCAAAUUUUCCAGUUAUCAGUGUCACUUUUAUUGUUUCUUUUCUAUUAAUUACUAAACUUAUUUUACGUUAGAAUUUUGUUGUUACUUUCAUUAACGGUUAUACUUCUGAAGAUGUAUGUGGAACUCAUACAAAACGUCAGUGAAAUUAAACGUCAAGUCAAAAGUAAUAUUUUUUUCUCGUUAUGCGUUUUUUCCUUAUGUUUAUCAUCGCAGAUUGCAUGCUGUUAUUUCUUAUCAAGCUACGAUGGCUAAAUAACAGGAGUAUUUAUGAUAAAGUUGGCAAAUAUCAAACCCCCCCAAAAUCCCCGGACCAAAAUUGAAUCCCCCACACCUACAAAUCCUAUGCCCCUACUUACUGAGACAUGCCAACUUUAAAACUUAUAAAGAUAAAGCUUUUCGCUGCUAACAUUUUCAUUAAGGGUAUGUUUCAAGUCCUUAAUUAGCAGUGUCUCUUUAACUUUUACAAUAGAUAUCAGACUUUCCUCUUGCCAAUAUGUCAAAGUGGUCCCAUUUUUAGGGCCGUGACUUAAACCCCGGAUUAACCCCCCAGGGGGCCCCACUCCUCCCUGGGGUCAUCUCACUCUCACAGCUACCAUUCUGGAGCGAAUGUGACUGUCUUUUUUAUGGCUCCUUUUUUUAGAUAACGUCGACAACAGCAAAUAUUGUGGAUGCACAAAGAACAACUUCCCACACUGCAACUGCUGCUCGGAUUUUAAAGAAGUCAGCUAUAAAGGUAUCAUAGUUUCAUUGUCUUCAAAGUAAUCCUAGUUGAAAUAUCAAUUAAUUUACCAUGAGUAAUCUAUACUUACUCAAUUUUACGACCCUGUGGCGAUUGUCCCGAUCGGUUAUGGGUUGAAUGCAGCUUAAUUUCUGGUGACAAAGUUUUACAUUGAUUUCAAAAGGAGAGCUGCACGGGCCGGGAUAUUACUGUGAAUGAAUAUUUCAUUAGUGGUCCAAUUUAAACCGGAAAGAGAACAAAGGCAUGUCAUUGGCAUCCGCUGAUAAUUAACAGUUAAUGAAUGAGGCUGAGUAUCUUAUGAAGAAUCAUGGAGAUCGAGGAGGGUGUUAUCCGUCGAGGCCGUAGGCCAAGGCGGAUAACAUCCUCCGAGACCUCCAUAAUUCUUCUUAUGAUACGAAAGCCGAAUUCAAUAACUGUUUUAUUAUUCAUUCAAAAUAAUUCCUAGUUUAAAAACAUAGCUAAAGCAUGCUUACCUCCAUCGAUCCAUCGAUGUUCAGUUCAUCUUCGAUAGUGUACGUUUAGGUUUGUCCAGCUCCGCAAAUAUUCUCCAAAUAGCAGAUGUCGCCCUUCGAGUUGUCUUCUUGCUGUUCUUGCCAUGUUUUUAGCUAUUUUUUCGCCUAGUUCUUACUCUUGAAACGAGUGAAAUGUCCGCCAUUUUUUCAAGUUCACAACCAAAACAACUCAACCUCGUCCCCAGGUCUUCUCGGUUAACGGUGCCUUAACCUGCGAAAACGCUGCAUUUUUGACGUCAUUUCCUCGUUAAAGUCAAAAUUCUUCCAAAUUUGGUCAUCAGUAACUGGUCAAUCAGAAUCGGGGAAAUAUUUUGAAUGAAUAAUACUCUUGAAGAGUGACGAUAUUGCACAAUCCGGAACCGAACUACGAACCAGGGGGAUUGGGGGAAGGGGGCUCUUGCCCGUAUUGAAAGAAAAGGUACUCCUGUCGUAUACCUGCUAUUGACCCAAAUGGUACCUCGUUUGCAUAGACAUAAAUAACAAAACAGAAAAGAGAAAAGCGACAUACCCAGUUUAAAACGCCCCAUCUCUUUUAACUGCUGUAAACAAACCGUUUUUAUCAAUAAAUCACUGACCCAGGAAGAUGAUUCUGCUACCUCUUUAUAUGAGCUUUUUUUACAUACCGCAAUGACAGAUCUCCCUAGUACUCUCUCUCUAGUACCCUUUCAUAUAUAGCCUGUUCCAGGCUCCUAAGUCGCGCUUAUAUUUUCGCGUGCCUUUCACUCUGCACAUUAUCCCAACUGUCUGAGAGCCUGGCUGGAACAGGUGAAAUCCUAAAACCCAACAAAAGUAUCCCUUUCGGGAGGAGCGUGAGGUUAUAGCGAGUUCCUCCUCCGGGGUUUCGAACUUCAUUGUCAUUGACUGACUUAAUGCUAAAUUCCAGGUCUAAAACGGUACUUACUCCAACACAAUUUGCUUCUGUUUUAUUUGUAUAGUGCUCCUCAAGGAGAAUACCGCUGUACCACAGACACUACCUAUAAUGAUUUGCACCUAUCCCGCCGUGCCACACAAGAUAGCUAGGCUGAUACACAACUGGGCUCCACUGAUAAAGCUUGAUCAGAACGAGGUUUGGCGUCCAUCAGGAGUAGAGCACUUCUUGUCCAAUACCAAGUUGAAAGGGUGUGGUCAGAAGCCUGAACCCUCUUCGUUGACAAGUUCCAACCUCGAAAGGUGCAACGCAAACAGUUAUCUCACCACCAAGGAAAGCCUCAGCUGUCCUUCAUGUAAUGAUCCUGUUUUUCUUCGUGGCCAACACCCAAGGAACGUGCCAUUAAACGUCAUCUAUCGAGAGCAUAAGAACUUCUUGGAAGUCGCGUACUGGACGUUCUUCCCGUACAACCGAGGAAAGAGGGUCUGCUUUGGAUAUGUUCAAAAAGGGUGUUUUCUUUUGGGGAGAAUUUGGGGCCGCUGUCCUUGUGGAGAGAACCUAGGUUGCAUUGGGGAAUAUUCAACUUUUGGCCACCACGUUGGGGAUUGGGAGAGAAUAACGGUUCGAUUUCGAAAAGUCAGUAACGACUAUCAGAUCUAUUCCAUUCACUUGUCGAUCCAUGGCAUCGACGUUACAAAUAAGUUCGGUGGAGAAUUUCUUUGGCAAGAUGGUCAUUUUAAGAAGCGAGAUCAAGCGAUAGCAAUGUAUGGUGGUACUCAUGCAGUAAUCUACUCGUCCGAGGGCUCGCACGGGAUGUGGCCGUCAGCUGGGAGACAUGAGUACAAAGUCCUUCCAAACGGAGACACUCUAGUGGACUACACCAGUAGUGGGUUAAGCUGGUAUACAUGGGAAAGAUUGAAACCCGUCCAGUACGAUCCUAGAGGUCAAUACAGCGGAGAGUUUAAGUUCCUGGGGUUUAAAGGCCGGUGGGGAAAUAGAAAACAGGGUUGCGGUAUCGUAGGGAUGGUCAUUGGUGAAUGUCAGCUUAAUAAUGCUCCAGAAACUCCCUCUAGUUUCCCUAACUACCAUACGUAUUGA